AUGUCGUCAAUUUCUGCUCGACACGACCACAAUGCCAUGGGUGGAGAAAUGGUGAUGGCGGAUGGCGUACCAGCGCUUUUUUAUAUGCAAAGAAUAUUUUGGGUUUUUGUUGGAACCUCUAUUGCCGUCGCAACGUUAGCAAACGUCAUUAACAAAAUCCUAUGUCGUCAGAGAAUCUCCGUCAGACAAUCCCCAAGCGCUGCCAAGCCCACCUCAUUAUUCUUCAAGUCUCAUGCGACACUAUCGGCAAUCAUUCGGGAGUACUCCAAUUAUUCGAUACCAGUAUCAAUAAACAGAAAACAUUUCUAUCUGUCUCCGGUUGGGCUGUGGACAAUACUGGUGGGCUAUUUGGUUCUGAUUGUGGUAUGUGUCUUUUAUGGAUUCAAUCCAAAGGACUUUGCGCAAUUCGAGGAUAUUGGAUACAGGGCUGGAUUCAUAGCAGUCUGUCAACUACCGCUCAUUAUCCUACUCUCCGGGAAACGAAACAUAAUUGGAUUUUUCACUGGUGCUGGUUACGAACGCUUGAGUUGGCUCCAUAGAUGGACCGCACGGGCACUUCUCUUUACGGUUCUCAUUCACAUGGGGUACUUUCUAACAGUAUGGGGAAAAUACGAUUAUAUCAUGACCAAGAUGCGAACGGAUGCUUUGACUCAAAGAGGAGUAGCAGCUGGAGGGGUUUUGCUUUGGCUGGUGCUAUCUUCAUGUGCUCCGAUUCGAGGACUUUCAUAUGAGGUAUUCGUGGUUCAGCAUAUCAUUUCCUGGAUAGGAUUUUUCGUCGCUCUCACCUUCCACAUCCCUGCAGAAAACAAGACAUGGCUUUGGUUGCCAAUUGCAUUCUGGGGUUUCGAUCGCUUGGCUAGAGCGGCAUAUAUGAUGUACGGUAACCUAUCGGUAUUUCACAAGAAGAGCAGUGGGUUUCUCGCAUGCAAAGCGUCGUUUGAGCCUCUCGAUGAAACACAUACCCGCAUCACGAUUUCCAACCCACCAAUUACUUGGCGGGCGGGUCAACAUCUCUUCUUGACUGACCACUUCCUCGCUCCUCUGUGUUCCCAUCCUUUCACAAUUACCACUUUGCCAGAAGAUGGUAAAUUGGAGUUUGUGGUACGAGCCAAAAAGGGUGCCACAAAGAAAUUCUAUAAAUAUGCCGAGACCGUCUCCCCACUUCUACCAUUAGCGGAGAGUGCUGUUCCGAAGCCUAGGCCUGUUUUGAUUGAUGGUCCUUAUUCAAGAAUUAGACCUUUGAGGCAGUUUGAAAGCUUGGUGUUUAUUGUGGGCUCCACAGGAGCAACAUUCACAGUUCCCCUGAUGCGAGACAUUGUGCAGCAAUGGGUCGGAAAAACAAAUACUUCCUGGCUGCCAUUUUCAAUGCCUGCUGGAGCCGUCACGCGACAUGUUCGAUUUGUCUGGGUAGUUAAGAAGACUGCUUCAGUCCGCUGGUUUUCUUCUCAAUUGAACGAUGUUAUCAGAGAGGUGGAGGCUUUAAAGAAUGAGGGUCAUGAUAUUGCUAUCGAAAUUAGCGUAUACGUGACGUGCGACAAUGCGAUGACCAGCCCAAGACCUUCGAUCACGGGUGAAGAGUCUAGAUUCAUAGGGCAAGCUACCUCAGGGAGGGAAGACCAAUUGGAUGAGAAAAACACUGCAUAUACACUCUCACAAGAGCCGACAUCAGAUUGUGAUUGUGGCCGUCUUGUUACUGAUCAAGAUGCCAUCACAACCAUAUGCAACUGCAUACCGAAACGAGAACGCGAUUCCAAUUCCUCAACCUCCAGUCUCGAGAAAUCAGAUCGUCUAGUACAUCCCAGAAUCAAUCUUCUUACUGGUCGCCCGGAUGUUUCGAAUAUCAUUCGGACGACAGCCGAGUUGGCGUUGGGUGAGAUGGCGGUGGUGGUUUGUGGACCACCGGGAUUGGUCCAGUGUACAAGAAAUGCUGCGGUGGCUAUCAGUGAUGAUAGAGCUGUACAUAAAGGAACAGGCGCUCAGGGGAUAUAUGUUCAUGCGGAGACUUUUGGAUAUGCUUAG